CCGGCCGGACCCUCCGCUCCGCAUCAGAGGCCGCUCCGCCGCCCGCACGCGUCUCCGCGGGCGCCGGUUCUCCCGGUUCGCGGACUGCAGGGGGCGGGGCGCCGCGACCUCGCCGAACCGCACGGUUGCCAGGCGACGGGCUCCGCGCAAGAUGGCGGACGACAGAGAAAGGGAAGGCACAGAGAUAGCAGUAGCAGAAUUUCACAAAAAAAUCAAAGAGGCUUUUGAAGUUUUUGACCAUGAGUCGAAUAAUACAGUGGAUGUGAGGGAGAUCGGAACAAUCAUCAGGUCAUUAGGAUGUUGCCCUAGCGAAGGAGAGCUGCAUGAUCUGAUUGCAGAGGUAGAGGAAGAAGAACCCACUGGAUACAUUCGAUAUGAAAAAUUUCUUCCAGUGAUGACCCAAGUACUGCUGGAGAGAAGAUACAGACCAAUUCCAGAAGAUAUCCUUCUUCGAGCUUUUGAGGUCUUAGAUCCAGCUAAACGUGGGUUUCUUUCUAAGGAAGAACUGAUCAAGUAUAUGACUGAAGAAGGUGAGCCUUUUUCUCAGGAAGAGAUGGAAGAAAUGUUGUCUGCUGCAAUUGAUCCAGAAUCGAAUUCAAUUCAUUACAAGGACUACAUAACAAUGAUGGUGAUUGAUGAAAACUAAACUCUCUACGGACUUCAGUUCUAACUGAAAGGAUAAUUUUAAAAAUUGCUUGUCCUUGUUAAUUUCACAUUUUAGCUUAUAAUUGCUGCAUAUGAGAAUUAAUGCCAUGUAAUAACUAUUUCAAUGUUUUUUGUUUUUUAAAGAUGAUCAUAACAAUUUAAAACACAAAUUUAUUUAGUAUAUCCAGCCUCAUGAAAUGACAAAUUGCUAAAUUAUUUUGAAACUAUUCUUAAAACAUUUUAACAUUAUCCAUGGAUUGUUGUUAAUUUUCUAUAAUAAAACCCAGGUUCCCUUCAAAUUAAUUAAACUGACAAAAUGAAGAAUGACUCGAAUGACCCAAGGUUUGACACAAUGACCACAAAUUGAA